CUAUCUUGUAUUAUUAUUUGCUGCAUAUCAGAGUCAGAAAGGCUACAUGUUCAGUUGUGUGGUAACGAAAAUAGAAAAUUAGGCCAUCAGGAUUUUUUUUUUGCCAAGAUCUUUAGCGUUGAUACUUUUAUACUGUUCCUUAUUUGUUGUAUUUAACAAAUUUACUUCACAAACUUAUAGCCUAUUACUUUGGGAUCAGUCAUGGACACUUGUGAAGCUGGAUCCUCUGCUACAAUUGAAUGCAUUUUUGGAGAUCUCAUGAAGAUCAAUACGACUGGAUCAUCUGCGCAAACAGCUUCCCAGGACAACUACACUAUAAAAGGUGUGGAAGCCUCGCAUAAAAUGGCUGAAGUUGAUCUGCAGAGGAUGAACCAGUACAAGCCCACCAUCAUGAAAGUUGCCAGAGCUAAAAAGAUGGACCCAGCUGUGAUUGCAGGCAUUAUGUCUAGAGAGACACGGGCUGGAUCGUGUGGAUCAGGGCUUGUCGAUGGCUGGGGGGAUCAUGGCUAUGCCUUUGGGCUUAUGCAGGUUGACAAACGUUACCACUGUCCUGCGGGAGAAUGGAACAGUGAGGAGCACAUCAUCCAAGCUACUGAUAUUUUAAUCAAUUUCAUUAAUCAAAUUCAACAAAAAUUCAAAGACUGGUGCAAGGAGGACCAGUUUAAAGGAGGAAUCGCAGCCUACAACGCUGGCCCAGGGAAUGUCUGCUCUCAUGAGGGCAUGGACGAAAAGACCACAGGGAAGGACUAUGCGAAUGAUGUCGUGGCUAGGGCCCAGUGGUUCAAACGCAACGGAUACUGAGCAAUAGAUCCCAUGAUGCACUGCAUAACUUGUACAAUAUUUGUUGAAGCCUUAUGUUAUAUUGAUUUGUUCAUGUGGAUGAUUUGUGACUACACAUUUCUUCCUAAGCAUCAAUCCUAGCAAUUAUAGAAAUAGUCUUAUAAAACAUAAUCGGACAAUAAAGUACUUAGCAUGUUAAUUAAGUAACAUUUAUUAAUAUACAGACAAUAUAACAGCAGAAUGUGUUUUUUCUGAGGUAAAUUGUGUCUAGGUGAAGUACUGUAGUAAAAUCAGUUUGGGUCAGGUCUUGGUUCAAAGCAGGCAUUUUAGAAGUAUUUUUAUUAUAUUUCUUGAAGUGAUCUUUACAUCUUGACAAUAAUGAAGAAAAAACAAAAUCCAGCAUCUGUCAUCUCUCUCGUUGACCAGCAGAAAUCAGGCAGUGCGUAUUCAUGAGUUUUGGAAGAGUGGCUGAAGGGAAAGGGGUGGGAUUUUUCAGUUGGAUACUUUCCAAAUCCAGCUUACUCGUUCUGAUUUUUCCAAAAUGACUUGCUCUGUCUUUAAAGGAAAUCAACAACUAACCAGUGGCUCUGUCGUGGUGGUGGGGAUUUAUUUUGCUGGCAUGGUUUGUGUCCACUUUUCUCCUUAAAUAAAGGCAUUACUGCAAAUCAAUACAA